AUGCAAGCAGCGCCUCCGAACGCCGCCACAAAACCUAAAACCGCCUCCAUAACGACCACAACCAAACCGACCAUAAUAACGCAUCCAGUGAAAACGAAACCCUACAUAGAUUCCCAACUAUAUCAGUCUACAUUGCAGCAGCAGCAACAACAAACAGUUGGUAGUCAGAUUGGUAGCGGCAAAACGAGCGUCGUGCUCUCCGACGAUCCCACACGAGAGAUCGAGGAGAUCUCAAAAAAAAUAUCUGAGCACGCCGAUGCGUUAUACCACACGUGGAAGAGUCGGGGACUAGCACCGACUGAAUUGUUGGGUUUCUAUACGCAUGCAGCGGCUGCAGCUGCAACAAGCGACAGUGCAAGUGACGCGGGCGAUCUUUUUGCGGUCGAUGACGAGCAAACAGCGGAGGGGCUGCAGAAGUUGGUCAAAACAUUUGUGUUAAAGGAUAAGGAACAACGCGCGGGCAAGGCGAACACGAAUCCCAGUAGCGCGGUUGGCAGAUUAGGUAGCGGUGUUGUGAGUGCCGGUGUUAUUGGUAUAGGGGGUGUUGGUGGACUAGUUGGCGCUGGUAGCGCCAACGCAAUACAAGAGUCGAACGUCGAUGUCAAUAUGGUGGGUAAAUUGAAACCGGCAACGGCGUCUACAACAAAAAAGGGCGUCACGUCGCCGAAGUCACCCACAACCACAUCGGCUAUACUGAUGAAAAGCGCCGAUGCACCCGGCGCUGAUGUAGUGGAUACGCUAAAGAAGAAGACUACAAAAUCCAAUGGUAAAACGGUCGGCGCCACGUCUUCCAGUGCGGUGUCGUCGUCGGUAACUAAUAAGUCGGCGCUUGCACAGAAACAUGAGAAGCAACAACACACAACUAGCAGCGGCAAUGGCGCAGCAACGUCAACUAAGUCGCGAGGCACAAGCUCUGCCUCAAAUCCUACAGCUAACACUACCACUAUUGGGCGCAGUAAGCCGCAUGUUUCGAAUUCCGCACCACUGGAUAUUAACUUAACCGUGGACUUAAAUCUAGAUCUGUCGGACCUUUCAGAGUUGCAGACGCAUAAUUUGCGCAAAAUCAAAGAACUUCUGCAGGAAAAUGCACCUACAACAACAACAACACAAACAGCGAAAGCAGCAACAAACAGCGGAACGAAGCAGUCGAGGAAGACAGCUAAUGCAACAGCAACGACAGACGCCGACGCCGGCGCGGCGCGGCAUAGCGCUAAUCAUCAUUCACGCCGCGGAGAGCUGACGCCCAAAAGCAACAAUGUCGAUAGUGGCGGUGGUGGCAGGGGUGAUGUGAUUGCUGUCAACAAUGGCGGCGGAGGAAGUGUCAAUAAAGCGGCUAUCACAAUUGUUGGCAACGGUGGCGUUGCUGAUAUUGCUGCUGUUGUUGUUGCAGAAAGUGUCAAUGUUGAUAAAAAUAGCGGCACCAGCGGCGCGGGUGCGAGCAGCAGUGGCGACAAAGGUGGUGGCGCGGCCAUUACAACAGCCACGAACGGCAAGCGGAGCACGGCGGCGGCUGCGAAAGUGAACAAUUCGAAAUCAACGCCAGCCGAUAAUCAAUCGAAUCAUAGUGCCAUUAGCGUCAGUGGCCACAAGCAAUCGAGCAAAGAAAGCGGCGAAAAAAGUACCACCACAACGACGAGCGCGACACCGAGCACGCGGAUUGCAACUGUCAGUGGCAGUAGUGGCAACAAAUCAAUCAAAGCGCCUACCAUUAAGGAGGAUAAUAAGAACGACAGCAACAACAAUACCAAUACACAUACUACUAAUCACUUGAGUAGUGGCGCUAGUCAACAUCGUAGUGGCAGCAAGUCGAGCGCAAAAAAGGAUAUAAGAACUGCUAACAGCAACGGUACAGGAGCAGCAACGGCAGGCUCUACAAUUGGUGGCGCUACGGAUGAGAACGGUAUGGCAGCUAUGCCUGCAGCAGCAAGUGGCGCGUCAACAACAACACCUUCAAAAUUUGCCAAAUCUGGACGUACGCUGACCAAUGGACAGGAUAAAUAUGUUGGUCGACCGAUACUAACGCGCGGCUCGGUUGCAGAGCGUGUGCUUAUGUUCGAGAAGUGUCCGGAUGUGCGGAACUCGUUUUUGAAUAUCAAAAGACCCGAUCCAGCGGAUGCGCCACCAAAAAGUCUGCUCAAGGUUAAAUUGCAUUCAACGCCGCCACCGCCGCCCGAACACAAUUCAAUACAACGUGAAAUUCGGAACACCAAAUCAGCUUACAUACCCAGAUUUUACUUCCCACAUGGCAAGCCACAGCCACAAAUCGCAUUGGAACGCACUUUGCGCGGCAUUUUGGCCGCGUUCGACUCAUUUCCGAACAAUCAGGUGACCAAAGACGAGCUGCCGCGCAUUUUGAAAAUCUGCGGUCUGCCCUUCUAUUGGCGCAUGCCGGUAAUGGUUUUCUGUCAGCAGGGCAAUUCUGGACUGGUGGAGCGACAAAGAUUCGUGGAAUUCUGGAAACAAAUGAAUGUUUACUGUCAUGAUGCCGCCUCACGUUUCGUUUACAUAUUAUCACGCGGUCAACGUUUUCGCCAAUACAUACUGCCAGAGGAUUUGGCGCCGCUCGUGCAAGACGUGGUCGAUACACAUCCUGGCUUGGCGUUCCUCAAAGAGGCCACCGAGUUUCAUUCCAGAUAUGUACACACAGUCAUUGCGCGAAUAUUCUACUCGGUGAAUAGAUGCUGGUCGGGCAGGAUCAACAUAUCGGAACUGAAGAAAUCCGAUCUCUUGGAGGUGCUUAAGUUACUGGAAGAGGAGGAUGAUAUCAAUCAAAUUAUGGCUUUCUUCAGCUAUGAACACUUCUAUGUCAUCUACUGUAAGUUCUGGGAAUUGGAUAAAGAUCACGAUCUGCUUAUCAAUCAGGACGAUCUGGCGCGGCAUAGUGAUCAUGCUUUGUCCACACGCAUUGUUGAGCGAAUAUUUUCGGGUUGCGUAACGCGUGGCGAUAACAAGAAGCAGCCAGAAGAUGAGCCGAAAAUGUCGUAUACCGAUUUUGUGUGGUUUCUGCUUUCCGAGGAGGAUAAGCGUACACCUACCGCAAUCGAGUAUUGGUUCCGUUGUAUGGACAUCGAUGGUGAUGGCGUUUUGUCCAUGUACGAAUUGGAGUACUUCUAUGAGGAACAACAACAGCGCAUGGAAUCGAUUGGCAUAGAGACGUUGCCAUUCGAGGAUUGUUUGUGUCAGAUGCUGGACAUGAUUAAGCCUGCACGUCGCGACUGCGUUACUUUGGGCGAUUUGAAGCGCUGCAAAAUGACACAUGUCUUCUUCGACACAUUCUUCAAUCUGGAGAAAUACUUGGAUCAUGAGCAACGUGAUCCAUUUGCCUCGCAAAGAGAUGAAUAUUCUUCGGAUUGGGAUCGCUUUGCGGCGCAGGAAUACGAACUGCUCAUCUCUGAGGAAAACGAAUGAACACAUAACAUGCAUACAAAUCGUACAAACUACAUACAUAUCUACAAGUUCUUUGUAUAAAGCAAAUAUGUGCAAAGCUAUUUUUAUACAAAAACAAAACCAAAAAACGAAAGAAAGUUUAUAAGGAGAGGGAGCAAAUUUUUCUAGUACACCUAACAAUAACCUAUUAAAUUAUAUUUAUUUUUUAUGAUCCUAGUUAUUUAUAAACAUACACACCCACAUUUCGCAUGAACCAAAGUAAAAUAUGCAUACACUAACAAAUACCAAAAGCGAGCGGUAUUUGGAGAAUAUUAGUGAAAAUCCACGAACCACUCGUACAGCCAUUACCUAACGUUGAAUGGCGGAAAAUCUAGUCACAAACACUCAUAAUUUGCAUAACGCUUGCAAUCAUAACAAUUGAUGAGCGAGAAAACAGCGCUGAGCCGGUAAAUGGAAACGGAAGCAACAUAAGCGAUGUGAACCAUUGGUGAAAGCAAUUAAGUGCAAUUAAAUAUUGACCACAAGCACGCUUUAAGAAUACAAAAAUAAUAAAAAAUUAUAUUAAUUAGUCUCAA